CCACUGAUUUAUUGAUAAUGAUGUUCCAAGAAACAGGAAUCGAACCAUUAUUCUAUUUUGUGAAAAGAUACGAAUAAUAUCAUCAUAUAUUAUAUAUUAAUUAAGAACAGGUUGUCGUGCACAACUCAGUUGGAGUGACACUGGAUCUUCUGAACUAAACAACUCAUAUAUAUUCUUACCAUUAUUCUCUCUCCCCUGGAAGUUCAGAGUUUGGGAAGCAUGGCUGAAAAUGAAAUCAAAGGAGACCACAGCCUCUAUGUUUCGGAAGCGCUUCCUCUUUCCGACAAAAGGCUGCCUAAACCAAAGCGCGUUGCGUCUCUUGACAUCUUUCGAGGUCUCACUGUUGCGUUAAUGAUCUUCGUUGAUGAUGCUGGAGGGGAAUGGCCAAUGAUUGGUCAUGCUCCAUGGAAUGGCUGCAAUCUUGCUGAUUUUGUUAUGCCUUUCUUUUUGUUCAUUGUGGGGAUGGCCAUUCCGCUUGCUCUGAAGAGGAUACCAAAUAAACUUGUAGCAGUGAAAAAGGUGCUAGUGAGAACCCUCAAACUCCUCUUCUGGGGUUUGCUCUUGCAAGGUGGUUUCUCACAUGCUCCGGACAAUCUAACAUAUGGAGUUGACAUGAAACACAUAAGGUGGUGUGGCAUUCUUCAGAGAAUUGCUCUAGCAUAUUUGGUUGUAUCACUGGUAGAGAUAUUUUCAAAAAGGGCACAAGCUAGAGAUCUGGAACCCACCCAACUCUCAAUAUUCAAGUUGUACUUUUGGCAUUGGGUGGUGGGGGCAUGUAUACUUACUCUGUACAUGGCUGUACUUUAUGGAAUUUAUGUUCCAGACUGGCAAUUCACUGUCCAUAACCCGGAUAGCAUGUAUAAUGGCACAACUUUCACGGUAACCUGUGGUGUCAGAGGGAAACUUGAUCCCCCUUGUAAUGCUGUGGGAUAUAUUGACAGAGGUGUGCUUGGAAUUAAUCACAUGUACAAGCGUCCAGCAUGGAGGAGAUCUGAAGCUUGCACUGAGAAAUCACCAUAUGAAGGGCCUUUUAAAAAAAAUGCUCCUUCAUGGUGUUACGCUCCUUUUGAGCCAGAAGGAAUUUUAAGCUCAAUAUCUGCUAUUCUCUCCACAAUCAUUGGAUUGCAUUUUGGACAUGUACUCAUACACUUGAAGGAUCAUCCUUCAAGGUUGAAGCACUGGCUUCUCCUGGGCUUAGCUCUCCUUACUUCAGGAAUUAUUCUACACUUCACUCAUGCCAUUCCUUUGAAUAAACAAUUGUACACACUGAGCUAUGUUUGUGUAACAUCUGGAGCAGCGGCAUUACUUUUUUCAGCCUUCUAUAUUAUGGUUGAUAUUUGGGGUUUGAAAUUGUUGUUCAUGCCUUUGAAAUGGAUUGGCAUGAAUGCCAUGCUUGUCUAUGUCAUGGCAGCUGAGGGAAUCUUUGCAGGAUUCAUCAAUGGGUGGUACUAUGAUGACCCUCAUAAUACACUGAUAUAUUGGAUCCAAAAGCAUGUCUUCAUUAACGUUUGGCAUUCAAGGAGAGUUGGCAUCCUUCUGUAUGUGAUCUUCGCAGAGAUCUUAUUUUGGGCCGUCGUAGCUGGCAUUUUGCACCGAUUGGGCCUAUAUUGGAAGCUCUGAAUAUUCAAAAACACCUGCGAACAAAUACUUAUCUACGUGCUAUCUUAAGGUUAAUUUAAAAUAUCUAUAAAUACUAACUUUUAUUAAAAUAAUAUUUAUUGUUCCUUUAGUUAUUUAUCAUCUCUCCUUAGCUUAUGUUAACAUUUUUCGUAUUAUUUUUAACUGUGUGUAUACGUUUUGUUGUUGUAUGUUCAAUCUGAUCAGCAAUUUCGCU